GAGGCUAGAAAGUCUGGAGUGCCGCCGAAGACUCGUAGGCAGACGUCUUGGGCUUGCGGGGUGUGUUGUGCAUUAGUGGGAAAGCAGCUAUUGCAUAAUGAACUAUGAACGUUAUGUAACCAAAAGCAACAGGUGUCUAACUGACAGCUGGCGGUCUACGUGAAAUAAGACACCUGAUUAUACCAUACAAAAUUAUGCAUGCCAUCGU